GUAGCAUGGUACAGAGACGGAGCCUUGUCCGAUUCAAUUCCAUCAGUAGAGCGCUAGGCGCGGUACUGAGGUUGUAUACUGUCGCUAGACGGAGUGCGGAGCGUGGUAGCGGCAGUUACGGAGGACUUUUGUGAAUUUUCUGAUUCGGAACAUGAACUUCAUAUCAACCAGACAUCGGCCCAGGUAGUCAGCUAGACACGUUAAGCAUUAAAAGUGAACAGAGCAAACGGUAAUUUCAAAGGUGUUCAUGCAUACCUUCAUAUGACUGAGGGCGGUGCUCGCUUCUCAUGAGACAAUUUAAUAUCUGUCAUAUUUCAAAACUGUUUCACUGAAGUCCUGGAAUUUGUUCAUUCUCUAUCCACCCCCCUUGUUCUACCUUCCCCUUCUAUUCGUCAAGUGUGAGACUCCUAAAGAUUUCAAUUGCAGCUGCUGCAAGGCAGUAGGUCAUUCAAACAGCAUUUGAUAGCCACUGGACUUGCCUCAUCGCGGAGUUUUUGACUCCUCAUCAUGGGGUAUAGUGUACAAACUGCAAGAAGUGGAAGAAGAGGAGUCACGGGAUACUUACUGCAGAUGAUCACCAUAUCUUUCGUUUUGCUAAUUGCCCUCGUGGAUAUCGGAGCUGCUCAAGUGAGAGAUGAUGAUGACUUCAUGGGAUUGGGUGAUCUACCAGAGACCUUCCCCUCGGACCCCCCGGAACCCCUUCCAGUGUUCCUGAUGGAGCCAGAGGAGGCGUACAUUGUCAAGAACAAACCUGUCAAUCUCUACUGCAAGGCCACGCCCGCCACACAGAUCUACUUCAAGUGUAACAGCGAGUGGGUCCACCAGAAAGAACACACAGUGGAGGAGAGGGUGGACGAGAACUCUGGCUUGGUGGUGCGAGAAGCCAGUAUUGAGAUCACAAGGCAGCAAGUGGAGGAGUUGUUUGGGCCAGAGGACUUCUGGUGUCAGUGUGUAGCCUGGAGCUCUGCAGGGACCACCAAGAGCCGCAAGGCCCACGUCCGCAUCGCCUAUCUCAGGAAGACGUUUGACCAGGAGCCUCUGGGAAAGGAAGUGUCUCUAGAACAGGAAGUUCUUCUUCAGUGCCGCCCACCAGAAGGGAUCCCUGCUGCUGAGGUGGAGUGGCUGAAGAACGAGGAGAUCAUCGACCCCGCUGAUGACCGUAACUUCUACAUCACCAUCGACCAUAACCUGAUCAUCAAACAGGCCAGACUGUCUGACACCGCUAACUACACCUGUGUCGCCAAGAACAUCGUCGCCAAGAGACGCAGUACCACGGCAACAGUCAUUGUCUACGUGAAUGGCGCCUGGUCAACAUGGACAGAGUGGACGGUGUGUAACAGUCGCUGUGGCCGAGGCUACCAGAAGCGCACGCGGAGCUGCACCAACCCAGCACCGCUCAACGGGGGUGCCAUCUGUGACGGGCAAGGCAUUCAGAAGCUGGCAUGCAACCCACUAUGCCCAGUGGAUGGUCUGUGGACAGAGUGGAGUAAAUGGUCCACGUGUGGGACAGAGUGUACCCACUGGAGGAGGAGGGAGUGCAGCGCCCCGGCGCCCAAAAACGGGGGGAAGGACUGUGAGGGCAUGGUGCUUCAGUCCAAGAACUGCACCGAUGGCCUGUGUAUGCAGAGUUCCUUUUAUCAGAAGUCCUCUGAAUUCAACAAAGACAAGAUUGAUUUGGGAUAUCCAUCUGCCCCCAGUACAGACGACGUCGCACUGUACGUUGGCGUCGUCAUCGCUGUGAUCAUGUGUCUGGUCAUCUCCGUCAUCGUGGCGCUGUUCGUCUACAGGAAGAACCACCGCGACUUUGACUCUGACAUCAUAGACACCUCGGCCCUCAACGGGGGCUUCCAGCCCGUCAGCAUCAAGACGGCCCGAACAGCUGACAUUCUGACGGCACCCCCUGACCUGACCUCUGCGGCAGCCAUGUACCGUGGACCUGUCUACGCCCUCCACGACGUGGCCGACAAGAUCCCCAUGACCAACUCCCCCCUCCUGGACCCCCUGCCCAACCUGAAGAUCAAGGUCUACAACUCCUCUGGUCUGGUCACCCCCUCCGAGGACCUGUCUGACUUCUCCUCUAAGCUGUCCCCCAAGCUGCCCCACUGCCUGCUGGAUGGGGACACCAUGGGGAGGAGGACCCAAACCCAGACUCUGCUCCGUACCGGUACCAGGGACCCCUCCUGUACCGCCCUGGGCUCCUUCAACUCUCUAGGGGGGCACCUCAUCGUCCCCAACUCAGGGGUGAGUCUGCUAGUCCCAGCGGGAGCCGUCCCUCAGGGGAGAGUGUAUGAGAUGUACGUGACCGUCCACAGGAAGGACAGCAUGAGGCCCCCAGUCGAUGACUGCCAGACAGUGCUAAGCCCAGUGGUGAGCUGUGGCCCUCCAGGGGCUCUCCUGACACGCCCAGUCAUCAUCACCAUGCACCAUUGUGCUGAGGCCGACUGUGGAUCAGCCGAGGAUUGGCUGAUUCAGCUCAAGACCCAAUCACAGCAGGCCCAGUGGGAGGAGGUAGUGGUGGUAGGAGAGGAGAACUUCACCACUCCCUGUUACAUCCAGAUGGAUGAGGAGGCGUGUCACAUCCUGACAGAGACCCUAGGGACCUACUGCCUGGUGGGCCAGUCCUGCAGCGCGGCCACCACCAAGCGGCUCAAGUUGGCCAUCUUCGGUCCUGUCACUUGCCCUGCUCUGGAGUACCACAUUAGAGUCUACUGCCUGGACGACACACAGGACUCACUCAAAGAGGUCCUACAGAUGGAGAAGCAGAUGGGAGGGAAACUGCUGGACGAACCAAAGACCCUCAACUUCAAGGACAGCACCCACAACCUGCGACUGUCCAUCCACGACGUCCCACACACACUGUGGAAGAGCAAGCUACUAGCCAAGUACCAGGAGUUGUCGUUCCAGCAGGUGUGGUCUGGGUCCCAGAGGAACCUCCACUGUACCUUCACCCUGGAGAGGUUCUGUCCCAGCACCGUAGACCUGGUCUGUAAACUGUGUGUCCGACAGGUGGAGGGUGAAGGACAGAUCUUCCAGCUGGACACCACCCUCUCAGAGGACACCCAGAGCAUCGACACGUCUCUGCUAGACCCAGCCAGUAACAUCACCACCUUGGUGGGGCCCAAUGCCUUCCGCAUCCCCCUCUCCAUCAGACAGAAGCUCUGUGGCAGCCUGGACGCUCCACAGACCAGAGGCAACGACUGGAGGAUGCUGGCACACAAACUGAACCUGGACAGGUAUCUGAACUACUUUGCCACUAAGUCCAGUCCUACUGGGGUGAUUUUAGACCUGUGGGAGGCACAACACUUCCCCGAUGGGAACCUUAGCCGCCUAGCUGCCGUGCUGGAGGAGAUGGGUCGCCAUGAGAACCUCGUGCCCAUGGCAACGGACCACUGACACCUGUCCAUCAAAGAACAGGAAAUUCCAGGGAGGAGUGAGAGAUGAGUCAGGGAGAGAAGGAGAGAGCGUAAGAGCGGCAAUCUGUUAGCUGACAUGCAGGACAGGCAGAGGCCGACAUUUUUUCAAUCAGGGAACACACAGACAUAGUGCACACACACACGUACAUACUUAUCAUUGCCAUGCUCCACUUACAGUAUAUUGGAAAUAACAUUUUGACAAAGGAAAGAGAAAGUUAGUCAGCUCUGUUUGUUCUCUCCCUGGUACAGUUUCCUUUACCGUGAUACAGUUUCCUAGGAAACGCUUGAUAGUGCUGUCCAUAUAGUGGAUGUGGUGACAUACUGGCUCAGAGCAUAGGACCAUGGGAAGGAAGGGGUGGGGCGGUGAAGGCCCUCCCACUCCACCUGCCCCCAUGGCUCCCCAUGGUAACCCCUGUAAACAACAUUAAUGUUGAAUGACUCGUCAAUAUUUCUGAUAAAAGAACUUGUUUCAGUGA